UGUUCCGCCCACAUGAGACCCUCAAAGCUCGGCCGUGCGGCUCACGGGGCUUCAGAGGAUCCUGAUGUGCGUCGUGGAAUAAGGGCUGUUUGUACACAUCAUCAGGAAGGGCUCUCCAGCAGAGGGCAGCGUAAGACCAAGCGCAACUCCCAUCCCUUCAGGUCCUCGGACAGUCUGUGCUGUCAGGAUUACACCUGUGAAAAGCAUGAAAGGCUCUCCUGACCUGAUUCCCACCCCAGAUUUGGACCCGAGCAGAGUUUGCAAAGGGAAAGGCGUGGUGACCCUAAGGGCCACUCUCGUCCACAUCGAUGAUGAGGACUGCAUCAGCGAUGAGCCAAACGUCAUCUCAACACCAAGUGGCUGGACAAGCCAGAUUAAUGGAGACAGCUCUAAAGCAGGACUGGCUGAGGGUGGCAGCAAUGACACAGCCGAUUUACCUCCUGUAAGCAACACUCUGUGCCAGAACAAUUCAUCUGAGAGCAUAAAAGAAAAUCAAGCUCCGUUCUCCACUGACAUUCAGAACUCGGUGACAUCGACUCCCAGCUCUGUUUAUCCUUGCACCAGCAUAGUUAACCCCACCAUAGUCCUGCUACAACACAACAGAGAACAGCAAAAGCAGCUUUCUCAUCCUGAAGACCCAACCCCAGAAAGGGACAAAAGCCCCGAAUCCAGAAGUGAAACUGUCAGUCCAGUCCCUGAAAUGGACGGGAAGCGGCAGCGGCUAUCACUGCACUCCCCUGUGCUGAGUCCUCUCAACAAGCCCAUUGUGCCUGUACGGAACACCGAAAAGUCCAAAGACUGGUAUAAGACAAUGUUCAAACAGAUUCACAAAAUACCUGAGCCUAUUGAGGAAAACCCUUACCGUCCCACCUACAUAUUCCCUGAGAGCUAUGAGAUUCAGGUGAAAUCGAAAGAUGAUGGUCCAACCCCCUUUGGUUACUUGGAAGAUGUGAGAGCAGUCCCACGCUCAAAAAGUGAGAAUGAGGUUGAUUCAAGAGGCUGCUCGAUGCCAGUGCCAAUGCGGUCGUCUUCCCUCAAACCCUCUGCCAAAAGGAAUGAGUGGGAGCCCCCAGAUAAAAAGGUAGACACCAGGAAGUACCGUGCCGAGCCCAAGAGCAUCUUUGAGUACGAGCCGGGGAAAUCAUCGGUGCUGAAGCUGGAGAGAACGACUCAGGAUGUAAGUCCAGAAGAUGUAGAUUUAGAGAAUGAGCCUUGGUAUAAAUUCUUUUCAGAGAUGGAGUUUGACAAAGCGAGUGCCCCCUCUUUCAGCCCCUUGGAAACAGCCUCCGACCUGCAGCAGUACUCCUCAAGCAAGUCUGGACACAGCGAGGUGGAGAAGGACAGAGGAUCAUCUACUGAUGAGCCUGUGGCUCCAGAAUGUGACCGUCAUGUUUACAAGAGUGUCCUAGAGGGCGGCGAUAUUCCCUUGCAAGGUCUACGGGCUCUAAACAAGCGCCCUGGCAGCUCCUCCUCCUCUAAAGUGGAUUAUAAAGGUGGGAAUGGCUAUAUAAUUUCACCCUGCUCCUCUGUAAAUAGUCGAUCGAGUCUUGCCAGUAAUGCAAUAGGUAACCAAUGUAAGAGUAAGAAGCCUCUAUCUGCUGCCAAAGCCUGCAUACCCCAAAUCCUGCCCUCUAAGUUUAAGCCCAAACUGCUGCCACCCUGUGGCAACAGUAAGGAAAGCAGGACUGAAGAUGCCAGGCACCCAAAGGCCCACAGCUGUGAGGAUAUCUACACGGGGCAAUGUGACACAGACUGUGCUGAAACGGAGACCCAACAUUCAGAUUCUAGGUCCAGCUGUGGGAGUGAGUGUGGCGAUGGUCUCAGAAAUGUUUCCCCUGCAAUUAGGAGAAGCGCAUCAGAUUUUUCCAGCCUGUACAGGACCAUGCAUCACAUCAAGCGGCCCAGUUCGACCGGCUGCAGCCCACACGGCAGUGUCCGUAGCCUGACCUCGCUUUUUGAAAAACCAAAGGACAACGGGGAUGAGAGGUCAGAGGCAGAUGAUGGGGGUAGCAUUCCACGGGAUACUGUAUCCUCACGGGUCAACGAGUUUGAAAUGAUUAUCCAGCGCUCCACCUCGGCUCCCAGCCGCUCCUCCUCCUUGCCCAUCCUGCACUCCAGCCCCAGCCACAGCCCCAGCCACAGCCCUGCCCACCUCUACAUGGCCUCUGCAGUGUCAGCGGAGUCCCUUUUAGUGGCCAACAACACGCAGGCUGAUGUCUGCAACCUGGACGAGCAGGAGGGCAAGAGCUCUGGGGAGGAGGACAUGUCACCAGAAAGUGUGAUGGUGGAGGAGGCUGCUUCGUCCACUGAGGACAGACAUGACAGCAGAACUGAAUCCCCCUGUAACACAGAAGCAGAAGUUGAACAAAUCCUGAGAGAAAUUUCCCCAGAACUAAAUCACCAAAACAUCAGUGAAUCAAAGAGCCCCUCAGUGAUGCUUACAGCAUCUCCUCCGCAACACAACCAUCUCCACCACCACCACCACCACCUCCUGCACCACUUGAACAAUCAACUCCUCCUCAAACCCAGCAAAUGCAAAGGCUCUUGCCCAGCUUCCUACACCCGCUUUACCACUAUCCUCAGGCAUGAGAGGCAGCAGGCCACGAACCAGCAGGAGAAGCAGCCACCCACAGAGAAGAAGACCACACUACCUGGAAACCUCUUCCUCAUGGGCCCCGCUCCCUUCAGGUUACGGAAGAACCCACAGUCCCAUCAGACUCGGAGGAUGUUGUUAGCCACCAGGGUGCCAGCGGGCACCCAGAGGCCUAUCAGUCUCUCGCCUGAGCUCAGACCUUCCAUCCCCCAGCGUCUGUCCUCCCUGGAGGUUCUGGAGAGGCUGAGUAACGGAGAGGAAAACGACACUGGCUACCUGAGUAACGGGCAGGGCUUGGACGCCAACGGGAACCUACUGCAGCCGCUGGCAGCUCACCGCAGAGACUCCUCCCCAGCUCACGGAGAAAGCCAGGAUGAAGUGUUGAGGAGGCGUCAUGGGGACAAAGAGAAAAUCUUGGAGGAGCAGCGGCGGCUGAAGCGGGAACAGGAAGAGGCUGACACAGCAUCGAGGCGGCACACGAGCAUUGUCCCCACACACCACCAGUUCAUCACCAACGAGCGCUUUGGUGACCUGCUUAACAUCACAGAUAACACAGAGAAAAGGAAAUCGGGCAUAGAGAAAACGCCCGCCAUGGCUCGCUUUGACUUCAGAGCAGAAACUCUAAAGGAGCUGCCAUUUCAGAAGGGAGACAUUGUGUACAUCAUUCGACAAGUUGAUCAGAACUGGUAUGAAGGUGAACAUCAUGGAAGAGUUGGUAUUUUCCCUCGAAGCUAUGUUGAGCUCCUCCCCCCGACGGAGAAAGCACAGCCAAAGAAAUGUGCCCCAGUGCAGGUGCUGGAAUAUGGAGAAGCUGUCGCCCGCUUUAACUUCACUGGGGACACAGUUGUGGAAAUGUCCUUCAGAAAGGGAGAGAGGAUUACACUGAUUCGCAGAGUUGACGAGAACUGGUAUGAGGGCAAAAUUUCAGGCACCAAUCGUCAAGGCAUUUUCCCCGUCACCUAUGUAGAAGUUCACAAACGACCACGGGUCAAAAACGGGGUGGAGUACCCGGAUCCACCUGUCAGCCAUUCACCUCAGCGCAGCACCAAUGCUUCACCACAGCUGUACCGUAAUCGUCUGACCACCUCCCCUCUGCCUCUCCCUUGCUCCCCCCGCCGCUCUGUGUCCCCUGAGGUCCAUGCUGUCUCCUCUGAGUGGAUCUCCCUGACUGUGGGAGGUGGGAGUCCCCCUGCGGCUCCCACUCCUCCGCUGCCACCGCUGCCCACUGUGUCAUACCGUUGGGGCGAAUACCUGCCCCCACCUUUCUCUGCCAGCCCCGUGCCUCCCAUCACUGGCAGCCCAUACUGUGUCUCCCCCAUGGCCUCCCCAUCCGCCUCCCCUCUACCCCCGCCUUACCCACCCAGACCCAACUCGACCACCCCCUCCCUCACAUUUACCCCACCUCAAGGGGUGGACUUCCUGCUCUCUCCUUCCUCCCCACAUGUGUCACGCAGUGUGAGCCCCAGCAGUGGGCCGGUGCUGGAGUGCUGGCUGAGGGGGGAGAAGGAAUUGACAGAGGGGGAAGGCGCAGAGGGGGACAGGGGUCGCGCAGGCCCAGGCAGCAGGCAAAAUAGCCCUGCAGAGUUUGUAAAAAAUGAGGCUGACCAUCAUGGACGAAGCACCAGAAGCCCUGUGAUGCUGUUUGAUAUCCAAGAUAACAACAAUGUUAACUCGUUUGCGGAGGCAGUGUGUAAUGAGAUCUUGAAUAUAGCUGAGACCUCGGUGAGGUACUGCAGCACCCUGUCCCACCACCAUAAUGACUCUCUUCAUAGACUGCACCCCCACCCCAGUAAACAAUCUCUCAUCAUUUCCCAGCAACCCCAGUCACACAGCAGCAGCCCGGAGCCGAGCCGUCUGAACUGUGGAAUAUUUCAGGCUUUGUACAGCUACGUGCCGCAAAACGACGACGAGCUGGAGCUGCAGGAGGGAGAUCUCGUCAGCGUCAUGGAGAAGUGCGAUGACGGCUGGUUCGUUGGUACAUCAAAGCGGACAAAACAGUUUGGGACUUUCCCGGGGAAUUACGUGAAGGAGGUGAAACUGUAAAGCUAUCUAAUCUGGCUGUAACACACGGUUGCCUGUCAAGCUUGGGAAGUCAUAACUACCGCGCAUGGCUGUUGGUUAGAAUAGUCAUUUAGCCGGGCGAAUAUUUUUAUCUGGGAAAGUGAUCAGAUCGGCUCGAGGUAUGUCAAAGUGCACGAGGCGAAGACGGGGUCAGCUCACUGCCCAAACACCUCCAUCACAUUUUACGCACGUCUCCACAGAAGUCAUCGGUCUCCAUACGUGGAAUUUCUCUGUGAAAGCCUCCUGCAAAUUAGCUUUUCGACGUACACGUAAUAGCUUUCAUUGUGUGUGUGUAAUUUUACAGUAUGCAAGAGUUUGCGUAGCACCUCGGUCUAGAGGCAGGCAGCAGAGCAGUGUAUGGAUAAAAGGAGUGGAUCUUAUUACCUGAACUGGACCUGGGGAGGCGUCAGAAUGUGUUUUGAUCUUUCAGGGCCAGAGGUGUUUAACACAGCUGGCAAAGUAUGAUGUAAAUCAGGUAUCGUGAAUGAAAUUGAUUCGAUUUAGCUACUUAAAGAAAACCUGCAAUAUGAUCACUCUAUGACCCUGUUAACCAGACAGUUCCCUUAAAAAAACAGCUUAAAGUCAGUGCCCUCGGUACUUUAAAUACUUAAAGCCUUAAAAAUUACCCUUUUUAAAAUAUUGAACUAUUUUCCUCCACAUUUUCUGAAUCAUCAGAAAAGUCAUUAUUUGCCUCGCAGCAUUCACAACUCAUUUUAGCCCAAGUUUGUUACAUUGACUACAGUAUUGUCUUCAUUCUCUAUCCAAAGGUUGCUACAGAGAAGUUAUUAACAGCCGUGUGCAUGAGUAGAAACUCUAAAAUGUUGAUGUGUGCUGCUGGCUUCUCUUUUUCUCAGUUUCCACUGCAAACACAUAUUACAGGACACGCAGAUUUUAUUGCAUGUGUCAUAAAAGUGAAACAAAAACUGUGUAUAUGCACAUCCUAUAUUUUGUAUAUUUUAAAACUGUGUUUGCUGAUUAUUGAUGCCUUUAAGGUAGCCGGUGGUAGACGCCUAGCUUCAGAGCAACCACAGGACAGGCGUGGUAGCACUUAACUUCCUGUUUGGUCGUUUAGGAAGAUCCCUCCUAACAGUGUAAUAGCACUGAUGACCUAAAACUCUUUCAAGUUUUAAGUCAAAGCCAACAAGGUGUCUUAGUAUAUGAUCACAGUGAUUUUUUAGAGCGUAUUGAGAUUUUAACCGUGCCCUUACUGACAUGAUUGUAUAUGUAAAUGCGUACAGAGAACUGUAUACGUACGGCUGCAUAUUUUCAUUCAUAAUGACUACAGUUGUAAGGUCAGCAUUAAUACAGCAUGCACUAUAAGAUCAUUGAGAGACUGACAAAUCACACUGGAGCAUGAAACACUAUCGGCCAGCCAACACCCUAAUAAUUGCACUUUUAACUUAAAGAAAACAGAAGUAAUGACGCGGUGAACGCCGCUUUUUUUAGCCUUUAAUGGCCGAUAGCCGAUGGAAGAUUGCUUUGAUCUCCGCUACCAAAGCAUCAGAGCCGUCUUCCUGCAAAUACGGAGCGCCCACAUCUCCAGCGCCAUCAGAUCCGGUAACGUGUCAGAAUAGAUCCUACACACACAAACACACGAGUGUGCGCACAGAAAGAUCCUUCACAUCAUCAGUGUCUGCGCCGUGCAGAGCUUUCGGGUAGUGUGUCCAAAAAAACCCUUAGUGCUUGUUAUGACCUGCUCGGAGCAGCAGACGGGGGUAGUUCGUUGCGCAAUUGCUAAAGAAGUAUUUUUAUCUAAUCUUACUUUAUGUUGGGAAGAUUGAUGGUAGUGAGCAGUGGAACUCAGAGAAGCGCUGCCAUCACCUUCUUAUCCAAAAACUCUCAUUAAAGGAAAUACAGUGUAGCUGUUUAUGAACACACAAAAUCUGAAAGAUAAGCUGAAGUAUAGAAACAUAAGACAGAUAAGACUUAUUAGAUCUAGAAGCGUAUGUCGACAGUGUCUUUGUUUUUUGCACCAUGAUUAGCUACAGUUGUGCAUGUGGCCACCACGUAGGUCAUAUCUGAAGUUUAUUAAUUGAUGAAGUACUUUCAUUUAAGCCAGGUCAGUACAAUCAUGUUUCCUGUGAGAUUGGGUUUUUCUUCCUGUGCAGAUCACAACCGCUACUUUGCCAACAUCAGCAAAAGAAUGUUUUCCCAGCGAGAUAUCACACGGAAUAUAUUACACUGCAGUGUGGGUUUGCCUUUUUAUCACACUGUUUUUAAUGUUCAGGCAUUUCAUUUUAUCACAAAAGCGUGUUUUGUUUUUUAUUUUACCUCCGCCUCUGUAACUCGAGCUCUUCAUGAAAGCGUUGAUUAGUCGGGAGUCUGCUGAGCUGUCGCCUUUCGAAAUGAAUCCUGUUGCGACGGAGGGAGGUUCGCUCCUUCUCAGACACACUGCACGAUGGGCAAAUAAUCACUCGUUUAGUGACAAAACAAUUGGCAAUAGAUUGUUUCUGUGAUUUGUGUGUGUCCGUAAAACGUCACGGGAUGUAUGAAUGUAUGAAUAUAUGAAUGUGUUGCAGGCAGUGUAAACAUGUAAAAAAAACAAAAAAAACGUGUGAAACGUUAUUGAACAGUUUGGCAAAUGAAGGAUUGUAAAUAUGUAAAAUAAAAAAUAGACUGCGAGCAAUAGGAGGGUCAGAUUGAACUCUCUGUCACUUGCAGUGGUUUAUUUUGCCUGAAGGAUUUUUUUGUUUUGUUUUAUUGGCAAAGCACAGAGUGGAGCGUUACUGAGCACAGAAAGAUUAAACAUUACGCUGCCAUUUGUGAGGAUCAUGUUGCCUUAUGUUUGAAAAAUUGUGCCUCAUUUUCUUUUUUUUCAGUAUCACUGAAAUGUAUCCAUGACGUAUUUUGUGUAAGCCUGAUUUUCCCCAUUUGUUCGAGUCUCUGUGACGGGAGAACAUUUACUAAGAACUUGUCUGUUACUGUACAAGAACCUAAAAGUGUGACAUAACGCUUCGACAUGAUUAACACUCAUGAAAAACGGACGCACAGCCUGCAACAGGUUUGGUUUGUUUGCUUCAAUUUGCAGUGCUGUUACAUUGACAAUAUUAAAAUAAAGAUACUAUACACUGCUGUGUUCGGUAUUAUGCAAUAUUUAAUAAACCAUUUAAACCAUUG